AUGGAGAAGAGGAUACUUGAUGAAGAGAGACUGCAGCUGGAGCUUCAGAAAGAAGAGGUGGAGGACAUGGCAGCUUGUCUUAUCCAGCGAUUAUGGCGACGAGCUCUUACCAAUGCAGUCGAAAGCCAAGACGAAGAUGAAGGCGCGAAGCCAUCUCCUGUUCCUCAGCGUCGACCUUUUUCCAUCGCUGACGUUGUACUUGGAGCUGCUGUCAAGUCGGUGGGAUCAAGCCAAACGCUGCUUAACCAGAGAUCCCCGGAGCCCCCUCCUCUAAACCCCGCAGUCUCCGUACCCCACUUAAACCUUAGUCGUCUGUCAGAACCAGAGCCACCUCGACGAAGUUCAACUGUUUCAUCCAUAUCUUUGAUCGACCCGAAUGAAGUCGAGAUGUCCACGAAAGCACGAGAAAAACAAAGUGCACGUAGUGACGUCUAUGAUGACGAUGAAGAUUGGAAAGAGUCUUCACCACGUUCAGCAAAACUAACUCCGCGAUCAACUCGCAGCUUUCAAGACGGUCGACCCACAACGUCGCGUUCAACUUAUAAUGUUGCGGAACAACCACACACUCCCCAGCAGCUCUCAAUUACCGCAACUCCACGCACAAACCGCAACAUCGCCGAAGGUACAAUCCUGAAUGCUGCGGCCACUCGAAUCCAGGCGUGCGUCAAGAGCUUUGCCGUCCGUCAAAGUAUUGCACUUAAGAGCGCAAGUGAUUUGAGCCGAGCUUACAUUGAGCACAGGCAUUUUAUCCUCAGUCUGAAUCAAGCAAUGGAGCUGGAACAGGACUUUUUGGAAGAUCUUAGCGCGAUCAAGAUCCAGGCUCUUGUACGUGGUCGUCAGAGUCGUCUACUAACCGAGUGCACCAAGGCUGGAGUGUAUACCGCUGCUAUUACAAUUCAAAGAUCCUUUCGCGUCCACCGUCAAAAUACCCAUCGAGCAGUGGACGAGGGUGUUCGUAGUAUCGCAGCUCGCACUAUUCAGCAGGUUUUCCGUGACUACGAGGCAAGGAGAGCAGCAAUUCAUCAGGCUGCAGUCGAUGAAGAAAUCUUGAUUGUCCAACAGAUCGCUGCUAGCACCAUUCAGAGCUUCUGGAGGCAAUACUUUACCACAUUUGACCACAACCUCGAGGAGAUCGAAGCUGCUACGUGCAUUCAAGCGCUCAGUCGCGGACAUCUCACCCGUAGAUCGCUAAAGUCUCUACAUGGGUCAUCAAGUGGUCUCUCAAAACAUAGUAUCAACUACAGUUUUUUACCAGUAAAGAUCCGAGAGCUGUACAUGUCAAGUGAGCACCAGAGCCAGAAUCCAAACAACGGGAUACUUGCACAAGAGAUCGCGGAGCUUGGACUUACGUUCACAGAUUUCUUACGAGAGUUGGAGACUGGUACAGAUGUGGCUGUGGCCAUUUCAGCCUUGGAUGCCAUGCGAGUUGUACUGGAGACGUCCCCAGAGUCUACAAAAACUCUCGCUAACGUCGUCAAAGUAGCACAUGCUCUCGAUCGGAGACUGCAGGACGGGUUUUGGAACGAUGAUAUCGAGACGUCGAGCAUUGCACUGCUUCAUGCCUUUAGGGAUGUAUUAGACGCUCAAUAA